AGCAGGAUUCUGAGGAAUUGAAAAUGCCCGAGAUUUAUUUGCAGGAAAUACUACUUACGGGAUGAUUAUAUACCAAUGUGAUUGUUCAAUCUUUCGAAAUUUGCUAAUCCCGAUUAACCAUGCAGGCCUUCGUCCCGAAGAAUAGAAGGCCAAGGUUUGAGCUUGUCAUUCUUGACCUCAACAAUGUCCCUCUCUCCUCGGGAACGGCGUAUGUCAAAUGGAGUCUUCCCUCGUCUGCUGCUACUGAGCAUCGCGGAGUCACGGAUAAGGCAAUCAUUAUAGACCAUAGAGCCUAUUGGAGCUAUGAAAAACUCCUCUUGGUCAAACUCACCAUUGACAGAAACCAGUCCCUUCACCAAUGUGACCUUGUUUUCGAUGUUGUUCAGGAAUUCGGCUCUGGCGGGCGAGGGGACAAAAAUCUAUUGGGCAGGAUACGUCUCAAUCUUGCCGAAUAUGUGGACAAAUCCGACGAAGAAGAGGGGAUUACGCGGAGAUAUCUGAUGCAGGAUAGUAAAAUCAACAGCACUCUCAAGGUCACGGUAAUAAUGCGCCAGAUCGAGGGGGAUAAAAACUACACUAUACCUCCUCUUAAAUCGCCUAUGGUCUUUAGUGGGAUCAGCGGAAUCACAGGCGUUGUCUUUUCAGAACAAGGGGACCCAGCUGAUAGUCUUGGCCGAUUUCCCUCACUAAAUACCAAGAGCAGAGAAGUCUCCGAUAUGCAGGACAUGUAUCGCCGAACAUUGAUCGCCUCGUGGAAUUCUCCGGUGAACGAGAUACCUGCCGAUAAGUUAAUCGAGGAAUUGUUUGCUGGGGGCUCUGGUUGGAACAAGGGGAGCCAUUCUAGGAAGUCUGAAGAGAACGAGGAUGCUUUAGGGCUCUUUCCGAACAUCGACAUGGAUUCGAGACAGUUUCUAUCAGGGACCAAGCCAUCUCCUGGCCUUGAAAAACGACCGAGAAGUUCAUCAAGUCAUCAGUCUCGCCUUCUGGGUAAAGAGGCAGAACUGAGUUCUUCACCCGGCCAUGCUAAAAAGACAAAAAGUAUCGAGCAAAAACUAAUUGAUAGUGCCAAAGGAAAGGGCGAGAGAAGAAGUGGUCCUAGUCAUGAAGUUUCCGAGUUUGACGUGCGUGAAGACCUGAGAAGCUGGGAGAUCUCCCCGAGGCAGUGACUAUAUUGUGUAUGAACAGCGCCAUAAUUUCUCUCAGGUUCUAGUCUUAUGGAAAUGAAAUAAUCUUAAUAUCUAU